AAAAGGGGAAAUGACAACAGUUUUGGUUUUUUGUUUGUCUUGAAAGAAGCAGAUAUAUCUUAAGUGCUUUUUGAAACAACACAAGGAUGCCAAGACCUUCUCUUCUCACUUUGAUAUUGGCCAGUGUUCUAAUUUCUGUAGCUGACAUGCUACCAGACAUGAGAUUGGCCAGUGGGUCUGAUUCAUGCUGUGGAAGAGUGGAGAUCCGGUAUAAUGGCCAGUGGGGAACCGUGUGUGAUGAUGACUGGGACAUGAAUGAUGCGGCUGUGGUGUGCAGACAGUUGCAGUGUGGCUCAGCCAUCAGUGCACCUCAAAAUGCCGCCUUUGGUCAAGGCCGAGGAUCGAUCUGGCUGGAUGAUGUUGGAUGUUCAGGAAGUGAAGGAAAUCUCAUAAGUUGUUCACACAGAAGAGGAAAUCACAACUGUAAUCAUGCUGAAGAUGCUGGUGUUGUUUGUUCAAGAGGUGACCUGGAGAGGCCCACUCUUUCCCUGAUCACUACACAUGCAGUUGUUUCUCCUGGAGAAAACAUUCAGUUCAGAUGCACAACACCUACAUCAAGAUGCAAUGCUGCUGCUGAAUUCCACCUCUUCAUAAAUGGAUCAUCUGUGUCCUCCAAGAAACACGUAUCUAGUUCGACUUUCAACCUUUUUAAUGUAGGCGUCUCACAUCAGGGCAUCUACAGCUGUAAUUACUCCUACCAAAACAGCAUUAUUAAGUCACCUUGGAGUAACACUGUUCAAAUCACUGUAGUGCACUUGCUGCAGCCCAGCGUGCCCCGCAUUGCUCCUGAUGGGUGGUUUGGCGUGGGACCUCAGGGGCCCGUGAUCACCAGGGGCCACAGUUUCACCAUCAUCUGUUCCACUGAAUCUCAGUAUCCUGGAGGCCUCUUCUACCUGUUUAGGGACUCAGAUAUCACCGAUUUUCAGUCAGCUGUUAAUCUCUCUGCCUCCUUCUCCUUUCCUGAGGCAGAUUAUUCCCAUGAAGGAAACUACAGCUGUGUUUAUGAAGUCAGUUUGUCCUCACGCACCUUCCGUUCGUCUGCCUCUGAACUGCUGGUCAUCACUAUCAAAGCCUCCCUGCUUCCAGUCAUCGGUGUUGCGGGGUCAGCUGCGCUGCUCUUACUGUCUGUCCUCGUAAUCAUCCUCCUGGUCAAGAGAAGACAAAAGCAAAAGAAAAAGGAAACUCAUUUUAAGUGCUCUUUUAAAAGAGGUCCAGCUAAUACGUAUGCAGACACAUCCUAUGACAAAAAAAAUGAAGAUGAUGAUGAGAAUGAUUAUGAAAAUGCUCAACUUAAUGAUAAAAACAUGUAUCAUGAUGAUGACUCUGAGGAGGACUACGUCAAUGUGGACACGGAUGACUCUGAGGACUAUGUCAAUAUGAACGUUAAUAUAGAGAAUAAAAGUGUGGUAGACAAAUCAAAUGAUAACAUUUAUGAAAUCUAUUAAUAGAAUUUCUGGGUGAACUUAAAAUGCUAUAAUUAAUGAGGAUCCAAACAGAUUAAAUGGUGACAGUAAAUGAUAUGAACAGAGACUAAACAAAUCUUUGCUUGUUUGUUUGGUCCCACUGACUUUUUGCCAGUGAAGAUUGUUUUCAAUAAAGAGAUACACUAUUUUCAUGAUA